AUGGAAAGGGUGCCAAACAAGCUGAGGGAAGUGAUAGAGCUGCUCAAGGCACAGGAUCUGCGGCUGCAGAACGGCGCCUUUGACUUGAGCGUCUGCCGUGGUAAUGAGAAGCAGCAACGGAAGCUGCAGUCCGAUAAUGACGUGGUGGCGUUCUUCGCCGCACCGACACAAGAGCGCGUCACCUUUGUGGUCAUUCUGGCGGAGCGGGCGGGGGGGCUGGCCAGCUCCAUGCUCGCUGACGACGGCCUCGUGCACCUGCGCAUCUACCACCCCAACGGCGGCGCGGCAACCGAGAAGCGCUUCAUUCCACCCAGGCGUGGUGUGCGGGAGGCCCUCGCGACAGCAGUGCGGGAUGCUGUGCAGCAGCCGCCCCCGCCGUCCGUGCCGUUGCGGCUGUACGCCGUUGGUGCGGGCAUGUAUGAGUUGCUCCCUGUGGAGGACGAGGAUGGCGCCAACAAGCUUCUUCGACGAUGCCAAUUGACGCGUGCGGUGUGCCGUGUGACGUACCGCUUUCCUGAGAGCCCCGUAACGAAGCAAGACGCUCCGCCGGAUGAAUCAAAGCAUGUUGUGGUGAACAAUACCACUAAGGAUGCGGGGAAGCGCGUUGAUGUAAACAGUGUGCAACUAGGUGCAGCAAAAUGUGUUGUUGAAGGCAAUGCUCAGCCAGAAGCAACAGAUCAUCAUGAUGUAAGCAGUAUUAAGUUAAACGCGGCAAAUUGUGUGAAGGCGAGCAAUGCUCAGCCAGAAUCGCCGAAGCCUACCGAAAAAGAGAGCACUCAGCUGGAAACGGCCAAAGCUGCCGAUGAGGUCAAUGCUCAACCGGUUCCAUCAACGUCUGUUGAAAGAAAUGUUCAACCGGAAUUGACAAAACCUGUUGAUCAAGGUGCUAUUAUUCCAAAGCUGACAGAGCCUUCCAAUGAGAGCAAUCCUCAAUCGGAGCCAACCAAACAAGUUGUUCAGGACAGUGCCCAAACACCAUCGACCAAGCAUGUGGAUGAAAGCAGUGCGCCAACGAAGUUGCCAAGGACUGAUGGUGAAGAUAUUGUUUCUCGAGAGGUGGGGAAAUGUAUCGAUUACGACAGCAGCCCGUCCGAGACGACAUUGUGUGUGUUACAAGAAUCCCCCCUGUUUGUCAGCGCAUCGGAGGACGCGCCCUUCCUCACGAGUUUGGCCGCAGAGUCGCGUAGGACUAGUGAGGAUUCCACGCUGGCUCCUCUCCGCGCCAGCUUAGAAGAACCACCGCGGCAAAAGCAGCUGUUUGCGACGGAGGAGCAUCCAGCAGUAAUUGUGCCAGAGAGCGACGGCUUCUCUGCCGAUGGGGAGACUGUGCUUGAUGUCGAGGUCGAGUGCGCAUUGGGUCAGUCGGACAUUGUUGUGUUUCCCUUUUCAUGGCGGCGGGACUCGACGGAGAUCUUGAACUCGCUGCACGGGACAUGUAUGAUUGCUUUGGGAGUCACCGCUGACGACGACGUGCAUCUAUACACCCGCGACGGCGUUCCACUGCGCAAUGAGCAGCAGACGCGCGAUCUUCUGAGUGCCGCGCUGCGGGCGAAGAAAACUCGCGUCGGGGUUGUGGCGUGGACAGGCCACCCGUGCACGACAGGCCUGCCGCUGCAGUGCCACGUCUCGUGGGGAACGCAGGAGACCGUCGCGACGUGUGCUGUGAAGCCAGAAAAUGCAUUGGACGAUCUGCGGUGUGCGAUUGUGGCGGAGUAUGAUGUGGCGUGCAGGGCGGAAGACGACCUCCGUUUUUUCCUGUGCGACCCCGAUACGGGCGCACAGGAGGAGCUGACACGCGAAGGUGCUUACUCACGGAUCAAGGAAGCCGUGCAGCAUGAGGCGGUGUUGCAGAUUGUUGUAUCGAACGCCUGCAGGACCCCGCUGCGGGGUUUCGCCGAGCGUACGUUAAAAAACGUCUCGGCGUCCUUCACGGCGGAGGUGGCGCUGCUGUUGGGCGACCGCUUCCACGCACGGGAUGUGGUGCCGUUCUUCGAGCAGUGCCAUGAAGAGAUAGAGAUAUCCGACGAGGGUGCAAAAGAUUUUCUCGAGGUAAUUACCCUCAUGCUCGCAGAGUCGCGUGUGUUGUCGAUACAGGACUUGACGUCGCUUAUCAGUGAGACGGCGUCGUCGUGUAGCGAAAAAGGGGCUCUGGACGUGUUGAGUCGCUGUGUUGCGAUCGCGCGGCUCUUAGCUGCCCGUCGCCCGUUUGAAGUGUUGCAGCGAUUCUUCCGGCGGCUGUACCGCUCUAUUCGACAGCCCACCGGAGCCCAUAGCAUCCCUAUCUCAAUGGUGACUCGGCAACUUGCGCAGGCGGGGCUGCGUGACGCCAAGGGCAUGCUGCGGCGUGAUCGCACGGUUCUUUCGGAGCUGCAUGAGAAGGAGUACACAGAGCUGCUGAUGCGGCUCUUUAACAGCGAUGCAAACAUGGUCUGCCGCGCGGUGGUGGCAGCACGUUUGUCGGGGAUCAGUACUAUUCGCAGCCGCCGCGUUAUCACCAAGGCGGAACAGGAGUUACUCCGGGCAGACUACCAAUAUGAGUUGCGGCACGCCUUUGAUGGGAUACGGUCUGCGGAUGUGGCGAAGUUUCUGCAGGCGCACGGCCUGCAUGCGGAGCCGCGCUUUCGCUGCCUACUGGGUGUUGUGGGGGCUCUCCUUGCCACGCACCCUGUGCAGCACUCGCACCACUGGCUGGUGGAGCGGUUCAAGGGGAAGGUCGCCGACGCACUGGAUGUGAAACUGCGCACCUUCGAGGACUCCGUCGUGCCGACGCCGCUGCUGCACCGUCUGUGCUGGGAUGUGCUGAGGCCUGAGCUUCACUACCUCUCCCUGCUGUCGGAGUCACAGGUGGCGAGCGCGCUGGCGUGUUGGGCUUUUUUCGCAGUGCAGCUCGUCUGCGUUAACCGUCAGCUUGACUACCCGCCCGUGCCGUUGGUGGAUCUGCAUGAUUUCUCACCGGUGGACGCCGAGGGUGUAUCGGUGGUGCAUGCUGGGGCAAGUGUGACGGCGUCUGCCACUGCCGCUGCCGCUUUGCCAGCGUGCCACAAGAAGAAGCCUAAGAUCAAGUACAAGUACAGUUACCUUUGCCGCGAUCUUCGUCGGGAUUCCCGCUUGCCUCGUCCGGUAAAGUAG